AUGGAUCGUUGGGUUGGCAAAGUGGCCGUUGUAACCGGCUCGAGCUCCGGAAUCGGUGCAGCGAUCGCAAAGGAUCUGGCCAAGGCCGGCAUGAUCACCGUGGGUUUGGCGAGACGUGUGGAACGAAUUGAGGCGCUCAAGAAAGAGCUUCCGACUGAUGCGGCCGCGAGACUGCAUGCAAUCAAGUGUGACGUUUCGAGUGAGGCCGACAUUGAUGCCACCUUUAAGCUGAUCGAGGAAAAAUUCGGUGGAGUCGACGUGCUGGUGAACAACGCCGGUAUAGUGCGGCCUAGUAAUCUAAUCGAGCAGGGUAAUUCGGCCGAUUUGCGGGCCGUGUUGGACACGAACGUCACCGGACUCGUGCUCUGCAGUCAGUGGGCAUACAAGUCGAUGGUGGCCCGCUCCGUUGGUGGACACAUUGUGCACAUUAACAGUUACGCCGGCCACGUGGUACCAAACUUCCCCAAGUUUAGCAUCUAUCCCGCGUCCAAGCAUGCGGUCACAGCGAUUACGGAAACCAUGCGCCAGGAGCUGCGAGCCGCUGGGACGAAGAUCAAAGUGACGAGUAUCAGCCCGGGAGUAGUGGAGACGGAAAUCUUAGAACCGCUUGCGGUAACCCUGGAAAUGCCCAUGCUGCAAUCCGAAGACAUUUCACAGGCAGUGCUCUACGCGAUCGGUACUCCACCGCAUGUGCAGGUGCAUGAGAUCAUCAUCCAUCCGGUCGGAGAGCUAUUCUAG